CGGAGGGCAGGCGGUACAAUACAGCCUCUGGGAAUCUACCUGGGAAUUUAUAGAUUCCUCUCCUGACACGAGGACACCUGUUCUGGGACGUUGCCACGGAUACCUGAGUCUUAGCCAUGCCUGUCACAACCCCUGCCCCUCCCAACAAGAGGAAGAAGGCCAACAGGAUCAUCACCGACCUGUCCAACGUCAGCCAGAACGACGAUGAGUCAGACUCCGAGGCCGCCGAGCUCGACCUGGGCACCAAGAUUAAGACGCCCAAGGACACCAUGUUGGAGGAGUUGUCCCUGCUCACCAACAAGGGCUCCAAGAUGUUUAAGAUGAGGCAGCAGAGGGUGGAGAGGUUCAUCGUCACCAACGAGAACAUGCAGAACCUGGAGAACCUACUCAUGUCUCCUCCGAUUCCUCCGCCAAAGCCUGAGAUGCCGAAAGACGAAGUGGUUCAGGGAGAUGAGGAGGUGAACACCCAGGAGGAGAAGGAGAGGAGGAGGAAGGCGUACAUCCGCACCUACGUAUCGCCAUGGGAACGGGCCAUGAAAGGCAACGAGGAGCUGACGGCCACCAUGAAGGCCUCCAUGCCCGGUCCCAUCCAGAUCCACCUGGACCUGCCCCAGUACAAGAGCUUCAACAGGACGGCGUUGCCCUUCGGAGGCUUCGAUAAAGCCUGUAAGUCGCUGACCUUUGAACUGCCGGAGGUGCACUUGGCCCCCGAGGAGCCGGAGCCGCUGCCCAGCCUGCAGGCCGACAUCCGCUCACGCCCCUCCUUCAACCGCACGCCCAUUGGCUGGGUCUGCAGCGACGACUGCACCAACAUCCACAUGGACCUGGACAUCCCCUUCGACGGCGAGACAGAGGACCUGUGAACGAGCACGCACGCCUACGGAGACGAACGCAUCACACGUGCACACGACACACAGCGGAGGCUAAUGUCAUGUUACGUACUUUAACUGCAUGCAAUGAAUUUGAUCCAAAUGAAGUGACUUUAUGGAAAACGGACGAAGUCUCUCCCCCAGGCUCAUGUGUGCUUUCUGACCUUUAACCCCAAAUCUGAAUGAGUCUUACUCUGAUUGUGCAAACUGUGACCUACAACCUGAAACUUCUGUGUGAAUAAAAAGCACUCUGCACUCUUUAAACUAUGUAUUUAUGCAAUAAAGUUCCCCUUUACA